ACACAGACAGCAAUUAUGGUGAAGAAGUUUUCUGUGGACUGGCUCGCACAAAGCUUUCACGGGUCGCCGCCUCAAGACGUUCUGGAGCCGGAGAAAGAGACGCGCAGGCCACACGUACCGUGCGUGGUUCAACCGAGACCUCCAACAUCACAUGACAAGGUUUACUUGCAGCCAAAACCAAAGGUUAGCAAAGCUGAACAGAAACCAGAGGCCGUUAAAGAGAUGGAGGUCACAACUCCGGUUACGCAAAGAAGCUGCUCAUCUCCAAGCUUUUCAGAAAACAGCGGCUAUUCGUCUGGUUAUGAGAGCGAAGCGGCCGCGUCUGAAUGCGCUUCCAUCGAAGACGCGGCGACGCGAAGAAUCAGAACCAAAUUCACUCCGGAGCAGAUCGACAGACUGGAGAACAUCUUCAGCAAGCACAAAUACUUGGAGGCGGGCGAGAGAGUGAAGACAGCUUUGAAACUCAACCUGUCCGAAACUCAG